AUGGCUGACAACAACGACAACAAGAACGCCGCUCCCUCCACCCUCCAGUCAUACGUCAACUCGGCCACUGGUGCUGUCCAGAGUGCUAUUGGCAGCCUGACUGGCAACACGGGCGACCAGGCCAAAGGCGAGGUGCGCAAGGACGAUGCCAAGGCCGAGCACGACGCGUCGCAAGCCGCCGUCAAGGUGCCCGGUGCCACACUGUCCAGCUCCGGCGCCGUCGCCAAGGACGACCCCAACCGAUCCCAGGGCUCGUGGAACCAGACGGCCGGCUCCGCCAAGGAGACUGUCGGUGGACUUAUUGGGAACGAGUCCCUGAAGAGUUCGGGUCGUCAGCAGAACCUCGAAGGCCAGCAACAGGAGGCUAAGGGUCAGCUCAACGACCUUAGCUCCGGUAUUGCCAGCCGCGCGCAGGGCACGGUCGGAGGUGCCGUUGCCGGCGUCACGGGUGACAAGGGGGGCCAGGAGCACUACGACAAGAUGCGGGCCGAGGGCAAGUCUCAGCAGCGUGGGGCCGAGCACGACAUUCAGAAGAAGGCCGAGGCUGAGGGCAAGAAGAAUUGA